AGGCGGUGGCCCCGGGCACAAGGCGGCCGCUGCUCGGGCUGGGAGGCCCCAUGUCGCCGCCCCCGGCCCCGCUCCUGGCGCUGAGACCCGGGGAGACCCGGCCUGGUUGCAGGAAGCCCGGGGCCGUGAGGUUCGCGGACGUGGCCGUGUACUUCUCCCCGGAGGAGUGGGGGUGUCUGCGGCCCGCGCAGAGGGCCCUGUACCGGGACGUGAUGCGCGAGACCUACGGCCACCUGGGCGCGCUCGGAUUCCCGGGCCCCAAACCAGCCCUCAUCUCUUGGAUGGAACAGGAGAGUGAGGCUUGGAGCCCCGCCGCCCAGGAUCCUGAGGAGGGGGAAAGCCUGGGAGGAGCUCCGAGAGGAGACACCCCAAACAAGAUGGAAGAAGAACCCGAGGAAGAGCUAGGAACCAAGGGACCUGGAAAGAUUCCUGGGAAGGAGCUGUGGGAGGAGCUGGUUACAUACAACCCUGGCUCUACUAUCAGCGUGGCCUCGGCAAGAGCACAGCCAUCCACGAAAGCUUCCAGGGACCAAAUGGCAGGCGCGCAGCCCCCUGUCGUGGUGCCCAGCGUGGACGCCCAGGCCAGCCAACGGCGCCACGUGUGUACAGACUGUGGCCGCCGCUUCACCUACCCCUCGCUGCUGGCCAGCCACCGGCGCAUGCACUCGGGGGAGCGGCCCUUCCCCUGCCCUGAGUGUGGCAUGCGCUUCAAGAGGAAGUUUGCUGUGGAGGCGCAUCAGUGGAUCCAUCGCUCCUGCUCGGGCGGGCGGCGGGGCCGCAGGCCUGGGAUCCGCGCUGUGCCUCGGGCCCCAGUCCGUGGUGAUCGGGACCCACCUGUGCUCUUUCGGCACUACCCGGACAUCUUUGAGGAGUGCGGAUGAGUGGCUCCCACAGGCUGGAGUUGAGCCUGACCUCGACACUGAGGACUGACUGAGCCCUGAGCGAGGCUCCUGAGUCAGGGACUUGGGAACUAAAAUCCAUCCCUUGGGCUUCCCUCAAGGAUCCCUCAAGUUUCCAAACUUGUAAAAAGAAAAGUGCCUGUAAAGAUUCAGAUAGAUUAAACUUGACAUCUCUCUUCCCAGUCUUUUGUUUAA